AGUGAGAGAUAGAAGAAAGGAAAAGGAAAAAAAAAAAAAAUUGAGUGAUCACAUGAUUCUCCAACAGUAGCAUCUGUAUCCAUAUAUGGUGUUGAGUAUUAUUGCAUCGUAAAAUGAACAAGUGGAACUAUUGAUUAAUUAUAAUUCUCAUUUGAAACAGAAAAAAGUUUAAAUAAAAUAAUUUAUCAUCAUAUAAAAAAAAAAGUCUUACAAUAUCUGAAUUUUGAUGACUUUGAUUCCCAUAGUUCAAUAAUACAAAAGAACAUCCUAAAAACCCAAUCAAGAACAACAUUUUGUUUCUUUCUAUUUAUUUCACUUUCUCUCUCAUUUUGUUAAAGAAGUUCAUAUCAAUCUUUCAAGCUUAAAGGGUAUGCUUGGAUCGGUCUUGCCACAUCUUUAGUCUAAUCAACAACUUACGAGGAUGAUGAUCAGGGCAUUUUCCAUCUUCAUCAAAUGGAUGACAAAAGAUUAUCUAUAAUGGAGGACUGAGAUUGUUGAGUGUCAGAACAUUGAAAUAACCACAACUCAAGAUAAAGAAAGGAGAAAGGGCAGAUAUAUAAUGGAAGAAUUAGAGAUGCGAGAGCAAGAAAAGAGUGGUGAUUGUAAGGAACAAGCUGAAUAUAUAUCUUUAUUUUCUUCACAAAAAUGGUCGUCUUUCGAUUUGAAUGAAGAAGCAAGCAAUGAAGAAGAUGAUGAAGAAGAAGAAGAAGAUGGUAGCGGUGAGGAUGAGAAGAGAACAGAAGGAAGUUCAUCAGCUAAUUAUAACACUUCUUCUACUGAAAGAAAUGGACGUAGGACUAGUGUUAGACAAUAUGUUAGAUCAAAGUUGCCUCGUUUACGGUGGACCCCUGAUCUUCAUCUCUCUUUCGUGCAUGCCGUUGAAAGGCUUGGUGGACAAGAAAGAGCAACUCCCAAGUCAGUUCUUCAGUUAAUGAAUGUGAGAGGACUUAGCAUUGCUCAUGUGAAGAGUCAUUUACAGAUGUAUCGAAGUAAGAAGCUUGAUGAGGCUGGGCAAGUACUAAGCCAUGCAUACAGAUCAAUGCAAAGAAGAGAUAGCAUUCAAGGCAUGUUACACCAAAUUACAACAAGCCCUCAACAGCACUUCAGAAUGGAGAAUGGUGGAAUUGUUUUAGCUAGAAACUCUACUCAGCAUUUUUUUGGUCAAAAUCUUUUGCUCUCUUCCCUCUCCCACAGACCAUCAAGUUUCAAAGGAAGCUUCAAAUGGCACCGACAAUGGAGUGAUCAGCAUGAUGAGCGAAGGCAAAGUAAUUUGGCAAGCAAAGAUCUUGAUCAAGGAUUGGAUACAACAAUGGCUACAGGACCUCUUCGACCUAGUCGAUUUCUUGAGGAGAAGCGAUGGCCUCCAUUCGAAAUGGUUAAAAAUCGAUGGAAAAUUGCGAAAAAUUAUGCGGAUGUCACCUGGCCUAAUAAUACUAGCUCUCCUCCUGAAGCACAUCAAAUUGGCGACUUAUUGUCAGGGUCAGUUGAAACACCUUACCGUUGGGAAAGAGAAGUUGGAAACAACAAAAUGGUUAAUCAAUCUUCGCUCGACUCGCGUGAUUCUAGCCACGGUUUCAAUUGCUUCAAAGCAGCAUUUGAGCCCCCAUUUCGGCUUGAGGUGAAUAAAGAUAAAUUGUUGAAGGAAAAAGAGUGGUUGCCUGAUUUGCAGCUGAGAUUAAGCCAAAGAGUCGGAAUGGAUGAGAAUAAAAGUCAUUGUAGAAGCACACAGGAAAUUAGCACUAAGCUUUCCCUGUCUUAGCGCUGGAAGAUGAUCUAAAUCCCACGAAGCUUUUAAAAAGGGAUUCUUGCAACAAGGUAAUAGUGAGGUUGAGUACUUAAGAAUAUCUCUGUCUGUUAGAGACUAUAUAUAUAUAUAUAUAUAUAAUUAGUGUACAAAGAAAAGCAUAGGAAUGAGUGAGAUCUUUUUAAGUACUUGUCUUGGAGCCAUUACCAGCUUUUUGUUUAUCUUGUGUCAGUUUUUUGAUGAAGGCAAAACUAUUUCCAGAGUUUUACUGAAUUGAGAAGUUUCUUUA